GUAUGAUUUUUAAAUAGUGCGCUUAAUCUAUCACUUAUGCUUGGAUUGAUUGGAAUCGGAUUAAUGAUGAGAUAAUGUGUGUUUGCUAUUUAACCAACGCGAAGUAACUCCUCAACUACAGGCUAUCGUAUGCGAAGGUUGACGGCCGCACUUGGUUGUCAAAUCUUAUGACGAUUUGGCGCUCUUUCCAUUUAUUUUGCAGCAACGGUCGCGGUCCAGAGCCAAUCGAUCGCCAUGAGUCAAUCCCCGUUAGAGCAAACUCCGCCAAAGUCUGAGGUUGGCGGGGACAAGGAACGGCUGCCGAGUGCUCCGUUUAGCAGCACUGGCCUAGAAACCCUGCGACUUCCGAUGAUCGCUGAGCAGCCGGAGGCGACAAGCACCCAACGCCGCUCGAAAGUACAGCGUACACCAACCACGCCCCGUACUCCAGCCGCACUCCGUACACCAAGCAGCGCACGUCAGCGUAGAAUGAAGCACCGAAAUCCGCAGACACCGGCCCAAGUGCGCCAGCUCCGGAAGCAAGCUAUUGGCAAAGUUUUGCAAAAGGUGGAUGAAGAAUCCGACGCUUCAUACAGCCCGGCGUCUUCCUCGACCGACACGGAGCCGCCCGAUACUCACAGCGGUAGCGAUGACGAUGAAGAAGAGGUCGCCGCAACGGCCGAAUCAAAGUCGAUCAGGAAACAACAGGCUCGGUCCCCGACAGGGGCGAAACCCAAGGUUAAGAUUCCGGCUGUGGGCCCGACCGAUACGCCGAUCGUGAAAUCUUCGGAGUACUGUUAUGACAACUCUUAUGAACAGUACUUUUCGAUCCAUGCUACUACGAAAGUAGUCACGUCCAACCAUACACUGGACUUACUAGCCACAUCGCGCAUACCGCAUGCUCUAAUGCAGCAGUUGCUGCAGGAGACCAGCCCGCCCGCGCCCCACCGGGACCGACUGCAAGAAACGUAUGACAAAUGUAUGCUCUUCUUCCGGGAUUGGCUGUUCAUGCUUAACGAGGGAUUUAGUGUGCUGUUGUUCGGCAUCGGAUCCAAGCGGGAGCUAAUGCAGCUCUUCAUCGACGAAAAGUUAAACGGCUAUCCUACCAUCUUUGUGCAGGAAUAUUUACCCGACUUUAGCAUCAAGGACGUACUGGAUCGGAUUUGUGGGAAGGUGUUCGAUAUGCGGCUUUCAACGACGAACACACACGAGGCGUUGGAUAAGAUCGAGCGUAAGUUCGCCGACCAUCCUGAGAAGCAUCUGUUUUUACUAGUCCAUAACUUGGACGGUUCAUCGCUGCGGAACGAGUCCACCCAGUCUGCUAUAUGCCGACUGGCGGCCAUCGACAACGUACAUUUUAUCGCAUCGAUCGAAAAUCACAUCGCAUCGGCCAUGUGGGGCACGAAUAAACAAGCGGCAUAUAACUUCAAGUGGUUUGACGCUACCACGCUCCAACCGUACAAUGCCGAGACGUCGUUCGAGAACUCUCUGAUGGUCCAAAACGCCGAUGCGCCCGCGUUCGAUGCAAUGAAGCGAGUUGUAUGCUCGCUAACAGCGAACGCGCGCGGAAUAUACAACGCGAUUGUUAAGUAUCAACUAACCAACCAGAAGGUGCAACAGCAGCACUACGCCGGCAUGCCAAUGCAGGAGUUGUAUCGUCAGUGCCGCGAAUCGUUCCUCGUUUCGUCGGAUGCUGCCCUGCGCUGUCACCUCACCGAGUUCGUUGAUCACAAAUUAUUGCGGUUCAAGCGCAACUCUGAGAGUAGCGAGGCGGUCCUCAUUCCGCUGUCGCACAUGCUCCUCCAGCGGUUUGUUGAUGAGCAGGAUGUCGUCUAAUUCACAUGGUGCCAUAUAUGUAUUCGUUCACAUGGUGCCAUAUAUGUAUUCACUGUAGCGUGAAAGUACAGUACAAGGAGAAUUAAUCUCCAUAAAGUAUAGCAUAAGGUUUGAAUUAGAGGAGCUUUAGAUCCUCGAGCAGUGAUCUCAAUUUGAAAUAAAUGUUAUUUAUCCGUUCGUUUAUCCUUCUGUACUAAUACAGCCCCGAGUCCCCAAGGCGAUGCAUUCCGCUGUCGCACAUGCUCCUCCAGCGGUUUGUUGAUGAGCAGGAUGUCGUCUAAUUCACGAAGGCUCGUACAAGUACUUCGAUGUUCGUUCACAUGGUGCCAUAUAUGUAUUCACUGUAGCGUGAAAGGACAGUACAAUGAGAAUUAAUCUCUAUAAAGUAUAGCAUAAGGUUUGAAUUAGAGGAGCUUUAGAUCCUCGAGCAGUGAUCUCGUUCGAUGCAA